CCACCCGUCUUCGUCACCCCCGCCAUACUAGAAGCCUACACAACCACCCAAUCCCUCCUCGUGCGCCCCUCCACGCUCCCCGAAGCCUUCACCCUCUACGCCUCCAAACCCGUCCCCAAACCCUCCACCUCCCCCGUCACCUACAAGCCCCAAUCCCCCUCCGCCGCCAGCGCCGCCAUCCCCACACCCGUCGCCGACGUCGCUCUAAACGCCGCCAUCGCCUCCAAAUCCCUGCCCCUCGCGCUCGACGUCAUCGAAACCACCUACCGCGCCCCGGCCUUCCGCCGCGCCAAGUUCCUGCGCCGCGCGCUGCCCCCCCUCACCGGCGCCGCCCUCGCGCCGCUCGCCGUCUACACGCUCGCCGGCCAGCUGGCGCAGUACCAGAGCACCAUGGACCCGGGCACCGCGACGGCGAUGGCCUUUGCGGGGAUGCUGACGUAUGUGGCCGCGACGGCGACGAUUGGGGUGGUCGCGGUCACGACGGCGAAUGACCAGAUGGAUCGCGUGACGUGGGCGAUGGGAAUGCCGCUGCGGGAGCGGUGGUUGCGGGAGGAGGAGAGGGGGGCGGUGGAUCGGGUGGCGGGCGCGUGGGGGUUUAAGGAGCCGUGGAGGAGGGGGGAGGAGGAAGGUGAGGAAUGGGAGGGGUUGAGGGAGUGGGUGGGAGUGAGGGGGAUGGUGUUGGAUAAGGUGGCGCUGAUGGAGGGGAUGGAGUAG